ACACGUGUCACAAACUAAACAAAGAGACACCAAGGAGACAUGGAAUCCGGGACAGCAGAUCCACAGCCCUCGAAACUCAAGUCUCGCUCUUCCUCUUCCACCAUUUCUGAAUUCUCCAGACUCCCUCCCAUGGAGUUUCCGUACAGAAAGCUCCUUUUCUCUCUCUCGCUAUUUUCUCUCUCUACCCUUUCCGCCCUGUCUCACUCCUACUUCGCUCCCAUAGACAUCUACCUCGUCGACUGCGGCUCCACCGCGGAAUCCACCGUCGACAAUCGCCGCUUCGUUCCCGACUCGUCCAACCCUGGUUCGUCCCUCUCCUCCUCAACUCGCUCCAUCCCGCUCAGAAAUGAAAACCCAGUUCCCAAUUCGCCCCAAAUCUACAGCACGGCCAGGGCUUUCCGGCGGCCGUCGAAAUACGAGUUCCAGAUCCGCGACCCAGGGACCCAUUUGGUACGCCUCCAUUUCCAGACCUUUAAUUCUUUGAAAUUGGAUUGGAAUGAUGCUCAAUUUCAUGUUUUGGUCAAUGGGUUUGUGGCUUUGACCGACUUUAGAGCUACAAAAAUCCCCGUUGUUAUGGAGUUCUUGAUCUGGGUCGAUUCGAAAAAGCUUGUAAUCGAAUUUGUUCCUGCUAAAAAAUCAUACUUUGCGUUUGUGAAUGCGAUUGAGGUGAUUUCUGCGCCGAAGGAUCUCGUUGCUGAUACAGCGAAGUUUGUGAGUGAUGAGAAAGUUGAGGGUUUUAAUGGGCUAAUUAAGCAAGCGCUUCAGGUUGUGUAUAGGGUUAAUGUGGGAGGUUCUAAAGUCACCCCGUUUAAUGAUACCCUGUGGAGGACUUGGGUUACUGAUGAUGAGUAUUUGGAAUCGGAUUCUGGGUCGAACAGGCUGUAUUUUGGUGGCCGGAUUAAGUAUCAGGGUGGAGGGCCUAGCAGGGAAGUUGGUCCCGAUAAUGUGUAUAAUACGGCCCGGGUGAUUCAUAGUGCGAAUGCUUUGAUUCCGCAUGUCAAUAUGACAUGGGUUUUUGCAGCCGUUGGAGGAUAUAAGUAUCUUGUUCGGUUGCAUUUUUGUGACAUUGCUAGUAUUUCAAUUGGAUUGCUGUAUUUCAAUGUUUAUGUGAAUGGGAAAUUAGCAUAUGAGAAUUUGGAUUUGUCUAUGGCUGCGAAUUACAUGUUGGCUUCUCCGUUCUAUGCGGAUUUUGUGGUUGAUGGAGAGGAUUCAGGUGUUCUGUCAGUAAGUGUAGGACCUUCGAAUAUGAGUGUGCCUUAUGCCAUCGAUGGGAUUUUGAAUGGCAUUGAAAUCAUGAGGUUGAAUAACUCAAUGGGGAGUCUUGAUGGUGAGCAUUGUGCCGGGUGGGUUUUGAGGAACUGGCCAAGUGGAAAUGUUGGUGCGGCGGUUCCUUUGGUUGCUGCCGCCUGUUUACUGCUGAGUAUAUCACUGGUCAUACGAAGGAGGAUGAGUGGGAAGGAAUUCGUGGGAUGGUCGAAACUUCCCACAGAUGUUGCAGAAGUUAAUCUCAAGCAUGGAGUCACACAGCUUUCGGUUAAGUAAAACAGCAGUACAGGAUCGAUAACUACCAGCUGAUGUUUUGUAGGUUUUGAGUUUGAAAAUGAAUGUUGUAUUGUUAUUCUAUAGGUGAUAGGUUGUAUAUGUAAUGUAAAACUUUCACGUUUGCCAAUCUAACGAGUAAUGAACUCUUGUCAGAUA